UUAGAACUGCUCUUCAACGCCAUUCCUAUCUUGAAACUUUCAAUUUCAAACGGGAAGCUGCCAGGAAGAGUAGGGUAUUUUCAUUUCAGCCAUGGUUAGAACAACAGCUUAUGUUCACAUACCGGUGUAUAAUUAUAGCCACAAAUAUCGAAACUUGGAUAAAAUAAGCAACGAUGUGAAACAGUUCUUGAAGGAAUACGAUCAAAUCGUUCUGCACAAAGAUCUGUAUCGGAGUGUGUUCCAUAGCUAUCUGCGGAAAAUUCGAUCAAGAAUACAACAGCUGUUGCUGAAAUUCGAAGCAGCACCGUACGACGACGGUAGAGGAAAUCUGGAGAAAGAGUUGUUCUGUUGUGGACUAAUGUUUCCCGAUGCCGGAGAUCUGAGAAGACAUUAUCAUGCAGUUCAUAAUGAACCUUUUGCUCGAUUGACAAACGUGAUUGAGCUCAAAUCUGCAUUAGGAAAACUGGAUCACAUGCGUCAUCGGCUAAACGAAUAUAUAAAUUUUGGACAGGAGUACACCCUCAGUUUGAUAAUAGACCUGAAGCGAGUUUUGAAAAAAGUCAGCAAUUCAUUGAAAUUUUAACGAAUGUAUUAUAGUACCAAUAAAAAUUUAUUAAUUAUAACGAA